UCGCCUUUCUCCGUGCAGUGGGUAUGGGGAACCAGGUGGAGAAGCUGACCCAUUUGAACUACAAGGAAGUUCCCACGGCUGACCCGACAGGUAUGGACAGAGAUGAAGGGCCCAGGAUCGGGGUUUCCUACAUCUUUUCGAAUGAUGACGAUGAACUGGAACAGCAGCAGGAUUCAGUGCAGGACCUCGGAGGUGAGCACCCUGCCCUGCAGCCCUACGAUCCCCAGCUGCAUGAGGUGGAGUGCUCAGUCUAUUACCGAGACGAGUGUAUUUACCAGAAGAGCUUUUCUGAGGAGGACACACUGCCCGAGGAGGGUGAUGAAGGCAGUGGGGGGCAUCUGAGCACCUACACCCCAGAGAACCUGCUGAAUAGGUGCAAACCGGGUGACCUGGUGGAGUUUGUGUGUCAGGCCCAGUAUCCGCAUUGGGUGGUCUAUGUUGGCGAUUUUCAAGUUGUCCACCUGCAUAGGCUGGAGGUGGUGAACAGCUUCCUCACCGAUGCCAGCCAGGGCAGACGGGGCCGCAUUGCCAACCAGCUGUACCGCUACAAGCCCCUCAGCCCUGCCAUGGUGGUGCGCAAUGCCCUGGAGCAGGUGGGUUGCAAGGACCGGGAUUUGAGCUGGAGAAACUCGGAGUGUUUCGCUGCCUGGUGCCGGUAUGGCAAGCGGGAGUUUAAAAUCGGCGGGGAGCUGCGCAUAGGCAAGCAGCCCUACCGAUUGCAGAUCCGGCUAGGUGACAAGCGCAGCCACACGCUGGAGUUUCAGAGCCUAGAGGAUCUGAUUAUGGAGAAGAGGAGAAAUGACCAGAUUGGUAGGGCUGCUGUGAUCCAGGAGCUCUCCAGCCACCUGCAAGCUGCAGAGGAGGAGGAAGAGGAGGAGGAAGACCAUCAUCAUCCAGGUGCUCGGACUGCUGUGGAGUAGCAGCCUCAGCACCACCAUGCUACUUAGCCUGGGUGAUGGGGAUUAAAACUGAAGGCUGCGAAAUUGAGCUGUUAUAAGCCCUUUGGGCCGCUUCGGUGCAGCUUCAUUCCAAUCACAUGUGAAAGGAAGGGGGAAAGCUGAUUAAGUGUCUGUGCUUUAGUGCUUAACUCCUUCAGUGCUUGAUGAUAAAACCAGUGACUUAUUUGUAGAGGAUAAAACUCAGGGCAAUUCUAACCUUCUCCACUCCUACCUUUUUCCCUUCUCUGCCUUCAUGAUGCAUAGCCUUUCCUUCAACCAUCUGCCAGUAGGCCUGACCCUACAAGAUGCUAAAUGCCUUUGACAUCUACUUAUCAGCUGAAGUUAAGAGUAUUUAAUAUUAUUAAGAAGGAGCCAACAACUUUCAGGAAGUGGCCAUGUAGCUCAGAGCAUCUGAUUAAUUUGGUAGCUGAGAAGUGUGAGGAUGUUGUUUUCCCUUCUCUUCCCCUGUUUCUCUUCAGUUGUGGCUCCUGUUGGUAUUGCAACAAGCUACUUGGCAGGUGCAAGGCUUCAUGGAUCUGUAGCUAGCCUCCUGGAAGGUGUAAGGGAGAAAUCACUUAAUUCUAGUGAAAUGGGUUUGCUGUGCCUUCUUAACUGAUAGGAACAUGCAGAUGGGCUGGGGGAGCUCCUCCUUGACUAUCAGUGUGUGGCUUUGAGGACAGAAGAUAUAUUUAUUGCUGACUAGUCCCAGGGGAGGAGGAAGUUUAGUACCCUGUGCGUUGGUGUGUGCUGAGACUCCUACAGGCAGAUACCGAAGCUACACCAUUGUUCUUCACAAGCUUCCUGCCCUCCCUGAAACCAAAUGGCAGAGCUGCCGAUUACAUCUGCGGUACACAUCAAGGCAGUAGAAGCAGGCUGUACGUGUGUGAGAGUAAGUUUUGAGUAAGCUGUCCCUCGAGAGGGUGGCCCCUUGGCUGGGAGCUCCUGGCCGUGAGCAUGUCAUAGGUUUUGCACUGCAGAAAGCACAUCAGUGAUUGGGAGGGAGCGCAGGCUGGAAGGCAUCGCAGGCAGGGGAUUUUGAGUGCUUCUCUUUCCUUACUGCAAUCCCCUCUUCAUUGGGGAUUUUACGUUUUCUUUUUCUGCUAAUUUUUAUGGUAGGAAGUUGAGCUAUAGCAUUAGAGAAAAGGAGAGGACAUGUCUAGAAAGUUGUUGCACAAGUCCUCCGUUAAGCAGGAUAGGAGGUGGAGUGUGGUGCUGCCUGCCUUGACUGUUCCCUGAAUUUGUUUUCAGCUCUUGAACUGAUCUACACAGCACUGUCAGGUCUUUGUCCUGGGAUCUGCAUUGUGUGAACAAACACUGAUUUGAGGCAGUUUCUAAUGCAAAUUUCCUUUCCCUUAAAGCACAAUAAUGAUGAGGUAAACAUGAAGAUAAGCUUGAGUCCAUGUAAAUAAUGGAAACUAACAGUGUGAUGUAACUUGACGCAUAGUUAAUACUGUCUUCCCCACAGUUGUUUACUGUUACACCAGAAAUAGUGGAGUACUCCAUGUCCUUUCCUCCCCUGAGGUGGAAGAAAAAAAAUAUCAUUUAAUAGUAGGUAGAUAUCAGCUUUCAAUUACUUAAGCCUACAUGAAGCAAUUUUGCCAUUAUGAUCCAAAUACAUUUUUGUGUUGUCUUUUCUGCCUAAAAUACACAAGCUGGGAAAAAGCCAUGAAAGGCUAUGUUAUCUGCACUUUGGGAGGAAAAAUAACUUUUAGGGUUAUGCAAAAUAUACCAUAUACUGUUUCCUUAACUCUCAUGUUCUCAUUUUGGGCUGUGAAAUUAUCCAAAUCCAAAGGAGAGUUCAGCACCAGGCUCCCUUAGAAGGCUAUAGCUCAGGUGUCUGCACUAAGUUGGUUCUUUUCCUCUGAUAUGCAAUUGAGUUACACUCAAGUUACUGCAGUUGUCAAGCAGAUGUGCAGCCUUGCUUUGAGAGCAUUAACUACUCAUAUCUAUCUGUAGUAGGGUUAAUAUGUGGCUGUUUGCACACGUUUUAUACAACUACCAGUAACCACCACUAGAAGCUGAAAUGAUCACUGAAAUAAUCAAAACAAACCCUAAAAAACGUGAAAAAAAGUCUCUGUUGUAUUGACUGAUACAACUGAGAUUAUCUCGGCAAUGAGUAAAUGUCUGGCUGUGGUUUCUUUCAUACUGAAACCUUGUAUGUAACAAAGUUUAUUUCACUGUGUAAUAUAGGUAUGUAAAAUAUUAUUUUCUUACAGAUAUUUUUGAAAGUAAAAAAAAUCCCUUCAUAACGUUGCAUAUGAAAGUAAGUUGGUAUGCACAUUAUAUUCCAGUCCUCUGAAUGGGUUUAUUUUUCAUUAGUGAUCUAAAGUAUAUUCUAGGUCAUAAAGUAUAGAAACUGCUAUAAAUGUCAAAUAUUAUGUAUCUACAGGGUACUAAACAGUAAACUAGUUGUGAAAAUAUUUUGCCCUUGUGUCUGAAACAUCAGAAUUGUGACACUUGGCCAUUUCUCACCUUCUGAGAUACCCUGCAUAGUCUGGCUUCGUUUUCUGUUUGGUUUUGUUGGUUUUUUUCCCCACUUUUGUUUAAUAAAAAAAAGGACCAAAUCUGCUUGGGAACGGAGAGCAAAGCUUCUUUAAGCAACUGAAAUCAUGGUUUGUGCCAAUCUUGGUGCUUCUCUGUACCAGUCAUGCCUUUCGGGAUAAAUUCCCACACAGGCACAGGGCUUUAGCAAGGAAUCCUGGAGCUUGCUUUGCCUUGCUAGGAUGGAGAGUGAAGGAGGGAGCUUGCCUCACAGCAAAAGCAAAGUCUUGCAUAUAUCCUGCUGUACUAUAAAACCUAUGUGCUCCUCUGACACCUAGGAUACAGGUGUUCAGUAUUUAAAACAUAGAUACUUGGAAUCUUUAAAUUUCUUUGCAAGCUGUGCUUGGAGAUUUAUUCUGUCUCCUGGCAUUCCAUUAUAUAUAAAAGUAGAAGAGGGUGAGGAAGCUUGGCAUUUUUUUAUUUAGCCUAGAAGAGGGCUACCUGCAUACAGGGAUUUCUUAUUCCAGUAGGUAAAGAUGCAGCUGUUGAAUCUUUAACAGGCAGGUCCUUUUUCCCUACCUGUUGACUGGGCAGUGUUAUUUAAUAGGUGCUACUAAACACCACUGCAAACAUUUCUGAGCAAUCUGGGUUUAAAGCCAUGGGCCCAUAACAAGCUGUAUGGAAGAACUCAAAUUGCUGUAGAAGCACAUCACAACUGCUUAGUUUCUUGUCUUUGCUGUACUUAGUUGCUGUCACCAGACUAGACUGGGAUUUCUAGAGUGUGAUUUUAAAGGUCUCCCAGGAAAGCAAAUAUUUUUUUGUGCAUGUGUCUACUUCAAGACUUUUGUGUAGAUUACAAAAGAGAGAGUACAAGAACAGAUACAAGUGCUCUUCUCUGCAAUGUCUUCUUUAACACGCAGAAAUUCAGGUGUGAUCCUUCUGCAGAACUUCUGGAUCAGCAAAAGUCCUAAGCCUACAGUGAAGUCCGAAGUUGCGAGUAGACCCUGAAAGUCAGUUAGGCUAUUCACAUGCUUGAAGUUAAGUGUAUAUUUACUUUUCUUUGUGAAUAAAGGCCUGGAAUUUCAAGCUGAGUUAUCUGGUGGAAAUGUGGAGGAUCUGAGGUUGCAUAAUCACUGGAGGAGAACAAGCAGUGCUGUGAAAGCCGUUUCUCAAAGGGCCUCUUGUCCAAAUAAAGCUCAUGGAAUCCAGCCCAAACUUUGGCCUCAGUUUCUCCCCAGAAGUCCAGGAGCUGUACUGAUUUCAGCUGCACUGAUUUUUGUGAGAGGUGUGUAACGCAACAAUUGUAAAUUAAGCUGAUGAUUGUGCUGCAGGCUGUCUCUUGAUGUAUUUUUGUCUGUCUUGUCAUGUUUGAACUGUCCCUUGAGAUUUUAAUGCUUAAAGUUAAUAUUGCUUGUUUUAAAAGCCCUUUAAUUGUGCAAAUACUUAAAUAUCUCUGUUAAUUUACUAAUUUGGGCAUACCUACUGCUACUGCUGUGAAUAUCAUUUUAAACCACAUGCUAAGGUUGGCAAGACUGUGUCCCGGAUGUGUAAAAUGUAGCUCCAUCUAGGAGAUGUAGAUGAGCAGUCUUUAUUUCCCCAGAGUAUUGGUGUGUUUGAUGCAAAUAACAUCUUUGAGAAGGCUUUUUAGUAAAACUUACAAUUAGCCCUUGAUUGAGUAAUUAAAAAAAACCCCACAAUUUAGACAUUCACCUUCCAUGGCAAUGAGCAAAGGACAUAAACUGAAGACUAUUUCAAGUUAUUUUUGAUUCUGCAUGAAUGCAAAGUAUUAAUUACUGCAACUCUAUAGAGCUCACCUGGCCAACAUAGUAGGCAGUUGUAGGGUGGGCAGGGAAAAUACCCAAAAGCUAAUUAUAAACUUUUAUUUUCUUACUUGGAAAAAAAAGUUCUUCAGACUGAAGGAUCCUAGACUACGGAAGUAAACUUUCAGUUGUUUUGUAUAAAUGAAACCCCAGGCAAACUUUUUUUUUUGUCAUGUGAAUUCAAUAUUCCAGUCUCAGUACUAAAAUAGGUAAUAUUAUGUGAUGAGUAUGUUUCAGAUUUUUGAAUGCAACGGUGGUUUUCUUUUUAUCUUCUUUACUAAGUUUUACUGAAGAUCUGUCCUUGGGUGUAUGAAGUGCGUUGUUGAGUGGUUUCCCACCCAUGCUUCUCUAACAAUUAACAGCACAACCAUAAUUCUAAGAGCCAUGUAGGAACAAAUAAUUCUUUGAAAGCAAAAUUUUAAUUUUAUAUCAGAGACUAGUAACUAAGUAGAGUUAGGAAAUGCAUUGUUUCCAACAGCAGUUUCUGUUUAUAAGAAAUCUACUGUUAAUUGAAUAUGUGUUGACUACUCUCACAAAUCAGUGUGCAGUAAUAAGGCCAGGUGCAUUGCGUAGUGGGCUUAGACUUUCAGAUUAGAAUUUAAUUUGUUUUAAACCACAGACAGGAAGAAAUCAGGGUGACUUCAAACACCAGUGAUUUAGAUGGUUCUUUUGCAUUAAUAUUGAAUUAGAAGCUUUUUUUAAAAUGCACAUUCGAAAUCCCUGAUAUUUGUAACACUUCAUGGAAUCAUCCAUAAUAACAAGUGUAAUCACAAAAUAAGACUUUUUUUCCCCCACUGUGUUUUCUGUAAACUGUCUUUUGUCAGUAAAUGUUGAAUUGUUAGUGCAAAUAUCUUCUUUUCCUGAGAAAGAAGUACAGAUCAUUGAUUGUACCAUUUCCUUCAAAAUGAAGGGCAUCGCAUAGUA